AUGAUGCAAUCUGUAACUCAGUCCGGUUAUCACGGCAUUCGUGUCACUCGUAUCGAUCCAGAUGGCUAUACCUGGUGGAACUCAACCUUGUACGUUCCCUCGUCCGGGAGCACUUUCAAACCGGGAGACCAUCUACUGUUGCUCUCUCCGGAACGGUGUUCAAUCAAUGAUGAAGACAUCAAAGUGGACUUUUAUAAAUUACCUGAAAAUACUGCAUUUGUCCCCCUGAUUCAGAUCAUGGAUAUAAUUGAGGAAGUGUACGCACAGUGGGUACAGGCCGGAAGACCGACGAAUUCGGAUCGCCUGGGCAACCGUUUGGAGUGGUUGGAUUACGUUGUAAAAACACAGCUCACAUGA